AUGUCAGGACUUGCACAUUUAAUUCGUUGCACGUACCGUUUUGUCAACAAAAUUGUAGUGUCUAGUUUUGUUGAAAGAUGGCAACCGGAGACAAACACCUUCCAUUUGACUGUUGGAGAUAUGACUAUCACAUUAGACGAUGUCGUCACUAUCCUAGGGUUUCCCAUUGUAGGCAAAUCUAUUAGUGUGCAAAAGUUGUCAGAAAGGGGGGCCAUUGCAUUAGUAGUUAAUACCUUGGAAAUUGAUGCGCAAGAGGUCAGACAUGAGAUGUCUAGUGCUAGAGGCAAUUUAGUGAGGCUUGAGUGGUUGAGGGCACACUUUCAUAAUGUCACAGACAAUGAUUCAAUGGAAAGAAUUGCUUGUGCAGACUUGACGACUAUAUCUUCAUAUACUUGGGGUGUUGCUGCAUUGGCAUACUUAUAUAGACAGAAGGGGUAUGCUAGCAGGUCCGGCAUGAAAAAAAUAGCCGGUUAUAUGACACUCCUUGAGGAAUGGAUUUAUGAGCACUUUCGUGGAUUUCAACCACACUUGAAUAUGAAUUACACUCAAGACAUGCCACAUGUUUACCGUUGGACUUCUCGGAGAGAGUUUGGUGAAAAGACACAGUUGCAGGCUUUUCGAGAGGAGCUUGAUAGGUUAUUUGAGACCCGUACCAGAGUUGCAGAGAUGUCCAUCCGUAUCACCCAGUUACGUUUUACCACAAUAUAUCUGAUUACUCAUCCUUUCAUUGAGGUUGGCUAUAAGGACAGUGUACAACAUCCUGAUAUACUUUACUACGCAAUUGAUGCAAUUGAACAGUUUCUUCAAGAUUAG